CAUCAUCUCUCAAAUACAACUGUACCCAUGAGAAUGACAUUGGACUGUUAUGUUCUGGUUACACUGAUCUCAGACUGGUAAAUGGUUCAGACUCUUGUUCUGGAAGAGUGGAGCUUCGAUUCAUCAAUGAGUGGGGCACAGUGUGUGAUGCAUGCUGGGAUAUGAGAGCUGUCAGUGUCCUCUGUAAACAGCUGGAUUGUGGGAUUGCUGUGUCUGUUGUGGGAUCAGACUGGUUUGGAGAGGGAAGUGGUGAAAUCUGGGCUGAUGUGUUUGAUUGUGACGGGAAUGAAACAAAACUCUCAGAAUGUUCCAUCUCUUCAUGGAGUCGAGCUGAAUGUUCUCAUAGACGAGAUGUUGGAGUCAUCUGUUCUGAUUCCUCUCUGGCUCUUCAUGAUGGUCUGGUGCGGUUGUCUGGAGAGAGACAGUGUGAGGGGGAGGUGGAAGUUUUCAUCCAUCAGGUCUGGAGGAGAGUUCUGCUGGACUCCUGGAGUCUCACUGAAUCCUCUGUGGUCUGCAGACAGCUGGGCUGUGGCUCUGUGCUGAACUUCUACGGCUCCUCUUCAUCCAGUCCUGAACACAGUCAUGAGUGUGUGAUGGGCUUCCAGUGCUCUGGGAGUGAAGCUCAUCUGGGGAACUGCAGCUCUCCACAAACUCUCAACUGCAGCUCCACACAACAGCUGUCAAUCACCUGCCUUGGUCGUGGGUCCAUCAGGCUGGUGGGUUCUGGGGGAGACUGUGCAGGGAGGCUGGAGGUUUUUCACAGCGGCUCAUGGGGGACAGUGUGUGAUGACUCCUGGGAUAUUAAAGAUGCCCAUGUGGUGUGCAGACAGCUGCAGUGUGGAGUGGCCCUCAGUAACCAGCAGGUACCAGCCUGGUUUGGUCCUGGUUCUGGACCCAUAUGGCUGGAUGAGGUGGAGUGUGAGGGGAAUGAGACGUCCCUGUGGAGCUGCUCUUCUCCAGACUGGGGAAAACAUGACUGUCAACACAAGGAGGAUGUAGGAGUCGUGUGUUCAGAGUUUAAAGAGAUCAGGUUAACUGAGGGCUGUGAAGGGAAUGUGGAGGUUUUCUACAAUGGAUCCUGGGGUAAUGUGUGCUGGAACCAGAUGGACAGAGACACAGCAAGUCUGAUCUGUCAAGAGCUGAACUGUGGAAGAUCUGGUGUUUUGAACCCAUUCUACAGCAAGAAUCAUGUUCCUCUCAGACUGAAUGGAAGUGAGGGCCGGUGCUCUGGGAGGCUGGAGGUGUAUCAUAACGCUGUGUGGGGCUCAGUCUGUGAUGAUCAGUGGGACAUCAGUGAUGCUCAGGUGGUCUGCAGGCAGCUGGGUUGUGGAGCAGCACUGAGGGCUGAUGGGAAUUCAACCUUUGGUGCUGGUGAAGGUGUUGUGUGGAUGAACAAGGUCAAUGCAGAGGGAAUGAGAUUCACCUGUGGGACUGUCCUCUCUCCCUGA